CUUCUGAUCACCCGUCCACCUCUCUACAAGCCACACGUCGAUGUGUAGUAGUGACCAAACUUUGUUAUAUAAUACUUUGAACUAUUUGAAUUCAGUGUAUUUAAACCAGGAAGAUGCUGGUCUGGAUAUGGCUGGGUUGCCUCGCGGCGGCAGUGCUUUUGUACUUUCGGCAAGUUUACAGCUUCUUUAAAAGGCGGGGUGUGAAAACACCCAGAAUAAUCCCGCCUUUCGGAAAUUCGUUUAGUAUUGUUUUACAGCGAGAGCAUAUUAGUGAACAAAUUGUAAGAAUUUACAAAGAAUUUCCUGAUCAGAGGUUCUACGGCGGGUUCCAAUUCCUGACGCCGCGUCUGCUGGUGAGAGAUGUCGAGCUAAUCAAGAAAAUUGGUGUCAAGGACUACGAGCACUUCCUCGACCACAAUAAUUUUGUCAAUGAAGAGUCGGACCCCAUGUUUGGGAGGAGUAUUUUAUCUUUAACAGGUCAGGAAUGGAAGGACAUGCGGUCGACUCUCAGCCCUGCUUUCACCAGCUCCAAAAUGAAAAUGAUGCUGCCACUAAUGGUGGAGGUUGGUGAUCAAUUAUUCCUCUCACUUCAGAAGAAAAUCAAGGAGUCUAAACAGGGUUACCUGGACGUUGAUGUGAAAGACCUAACGAGCAGAUACGCGAAUGACGUGAUAGCCUCUUGUGCAUUUGGCCUAAAGGUGAAUUCUUACAAGGACGAAAACAGUCAGUUUUACGCAAUGGGAAAAAGUGCUUCCGGCUUUGGUUACCGUCAGAUACUCGUGUUUUUACUUUCAAAUACUUUACCGACGAUAUCUAGAAUAUUCAAAUGGUCUAUGUUCUCAAAGUCGGUGCAAGACUUCUUCAGGUCGCUGGUGAUGGAGACGAUGCAGAAUAGGGAGCUCAAACAGAUUAAGCGGCCUGACAUGAUACAUCUGCUAAUGGAAACUAAAAAGGGUAAACUAACCCAUGAUGAGAAAUCAACUCACGACGCAGACGCCGGUUUCGCCACUGUAGAGGAGUCAUCCGUUGGCCUGAAGCAAGUCAAUAGAGUAUGGUCCGACGAUGACCUGUGCGCUCAAGCCACGCUCUUCUUCGUAGCUGGCUUUGAGACUGUAUCUUCUAUCAUGACGUCUCUAGUGUACGAGCUGGCUAUCAACCCUGAUGUGCAAGAUAAAUUGUACCAGGAAAUCAGAGAGAAUGAAGUCAAGAACAACGGGAAAUUUGACUAUAAUUCUGUACAGAAUAUGGUUUAUAUGGAUAUGGUGGUAUCAGAAACAUUGAGGUUAUGGCCGGCUGUCGUUGGUCUGGACAGACACUGUACCAAAGAUUACAACCUCGGCAAACCUAAUGACACAGCUACUGAAGAUUACAUUAUCCGCAAAGGCGAAGGUAUCCAGAUCCCCUUGUGGGCAAUCCACCGUGACCCGAAAUACUAUCCAAACCCGGACAAGUUCGACCCAGAGAGGUUCUCUGAAGAGAACAAACACAAAAUCCAACCCUUCACCUACAUACCGUUUGGUCUUGGACCCAGGAAUUGUAUCGGCUCAAGAUUUGCCCUCUGCGAAGUGAAGGUAAUGGCGUAUCAACUCUUCAACUCCAUCGAAGUGUCACCGUCGAACAAAACGGUUAUACCUCGCAAAUUGGACCCCUCUACGAGCGGUAUUCGCACAAAAGGGUCUCAAUUGGUACGAUUUGAGCUUCGAAAAAUGCUGGUCUGGAUUUGGCUGGGUUGCCUUGUGGUUGCGGUAUUUCUGUACUUGCGGCAAGUAUAUGGCACCUUUAAAAGGCAAGGUGUGAAGACAUCCAAAAUCAUCCCGCCUUUCGGUACUAUGACGAGAAUUUUGUUACAGCGAGAGCAUUUUACUGAACAAAUUACUAAGACUUACAACCAAUUUUCUGAUCAAAGGUUCUACGGCGCGUUCCAAUUCCUGACGCCGUUUCUACAGGUGAGGGAUAUCGAACUGAUCAAGAAGAUUACCGUCAAGGACUUUGAACACUUCCUUGACCACAAUGUUUUCAUCAAUGAAGAAUGCGACCCGCUUUUUGGAAGGAAUCUUAUAUCUUUAAGAGGUCAAGAAUGGAAGGAUAUGCGAUCGACCCUCAGCCCAGCUUUCACCAGCUCCAAAAUGAAGAUGAUGUUGCCACUGAUGGUGGAGGUGGGAGACCAGAUGAUCCUUUCGCUUGAGAAAAAAAUCCAAGAAUGUAAACAGGGUUAUUUGGAUAUCGAUGUGAAAGACCUGACAACUAGAUACGCGAAUGACGUAAUUGCAUCUUGUGUUUUUGGCUUGAAGGUGGAUUCUCAUAAAGAUGAGCACAAUCAAUUUUACUUAAUGGGAAAAAAUGCUUCCACUUUCAGUUUUCGUCAAUUACUCGUGUUCUUAUUGUCGAAUUCUUUUCCCAAUGUGGCUGCAAUAUUGAAAUGGAGUAUGUUCCCGGAGUCGGUGCAGAACUUCUUCAGGACGCUGGUGAAGGAGACGAUGCAGAACAGGGAGCUCAAACAUAUCAUUCGUCCUGACAUGAUACAUCUGCUAAUGGAAGCUAAGAAAGGAAAAUUGACCCAUGAAGAGAAAGCAAGCGACAAGGACGUCGGCUUUGCCACCGCCGAAGAAUCAUCCGUGGGCCGGAAGCAAAUAAACAAGGUAUGGUCCGACGAUGACCUAUGCGCCCAAGCCGUCCUGUUCUUCUUAGCUGGCUUUGAAACCAUAUCCAGUGUUAUGUCGUUCCUGAUGUACGAGCUGGCUGUCAACCCUGACAUUCAAGAGAAACUAUACAAGGAAAUCAGAGAGAACGAGGACAGCAACAAAGGACAAUUUGACUAUAACUCUAUACAGAAUAUGGUUUAUAUGGACAUGGUUGUAUCAGAAACAAUGAGGUUAUGGCCGCCCAACUUUAACCUGGACAGAUACUGCAAUAAAGAUUACAACUUGGGCAAACCUAAUGACAAAGCUACUCAUGACUUCGUUAUCCGCGAAGGUGACGGUCUUCAGAUCCCCGUGUGGGCGAUUCACCGCGAUCCUAAGUACUACCCGAACCCGGAUAACUUCGACCCUGACAGAUUCUCUGAAGAGACCAAAUACAAGAUUCAGCCUUUCACUUACAUGCCGUUUGGACUUGGACCUAGGAAUUGUAUCGGUUCAAGAUUCGCCCUCUGCGAAGUGAAGGUAAUGGCAUAUCAAUUCCUAAGUUCCUUCGAAGUGUCGCCUUCGAAAAGAACGAUUAUACCUCCCAAGUUGGACCCGUCUUCAUUCACUAUUUGCAUAAAGGGAGGUCAUUGGAUUCAAUUGAAGGCUCGGAAAGUGGCAUAAAUGAAAUGAAAACCAAGUGAAAACAUGCAGAUCGUGCAUUACAACAUGAUCGCUGACAAACUCCU